AUGAAAGGAGAGAACCUAACAGCUCUGUCUGAAUUCAUCAUUUUGGGAUUCUCCAACCUAAAUGAUUUGCAAUUUUUACUCUUCACCAUUUUCUUUCUGACUUACAUCUGUACCUUGGGAGGAAAUACAUUCAUCAUCUUGGUGACUGUGGCUGAUUCACAUCUACACACACCCAUGUAUCAUUUUCUAGGGAAUCUGGCCUUUCUUGACAUCUGCUACACCACCACCAGUGUCCCCCAGAUGAUGGUGCAUCUUCUAUCAGAGAAGAAGAGUAUUUCUUAUGGGGGCUGUGUGGCACAACUUUUUGCAUUCAUUUUCUUUGUAGGUUCAGAGUGUCUCCUCCUGGCAGCAAUGGCAUAUGAUCGUUACAUUGCAAUCUGCAAACCCCUACGGUAUUCAGUUAUUAUGAACAAGGUCUUAUACAGCCAGUUAGCAGCCUCAUGCUGGACUGGUGGUUUCCUCAAUUCCGUGGUACAUACGAUACUGACAUUCCACCUGCCCUUCUGUAACAACAACCAGAUUAAUUAUUUCUUCUGUGAUAUACCCCCUUUGCUGAUCUUGUCUUGUGGGGACACUUCAGCCAAUGAGCUUGCGUUGCUUGCCAUUGGAGUCUUCAUUGGUUGGACUCCUUUCCUGUGUAUUGUCCUUUCCUACCUUUACAUAAUCUCCACCAUCUUGAGGAUCCGCUCCUCAGAGGGGAGACGCAAAGCCUUUUCUACAUGUGCCUCACACCUGAUCAUUGUCUUUCUCUAUUAUGGCAGUGCCAUUUUCACAUAUGUAAGGCCCAUCUCAACUUACUCAUUGGAGAAAGACAGGCUGAUUUCUGUACUGUAUAGUGUGGUUACUCCCAUGCUAAACCCUAUAAUUUACACACUGAGGAAUAAGGACAUCAAAGAAGCUAUGAAAGCUGUGGGGAGAAAAUGGCAGCCGCACUUUCCUUUGUGA